AUAAUCCUAAUUUGCUUUAUACGAAUAAUUUAUGAACUAACCUCUAAAUUACAAGUAAACAAUUGAUUAUUGUAAAAUUAAGUUGAUUGUAGAUUUUUAUUCAUAAAAAUCAUAAAGUUGAUAAUUAUUAUAAAAUUUAUAUGUUAAGAUUUUUAUAAAUAAUUAUUAAUUUUCGAUGGCAUUUCCAUUGAAUGAUCAAGUAUAUACAAAAUCAUUUACGCCAAGAGAAUAUCAAGUUGAAUUGCUCUAUACUGCAAAAUGUAAAAAUAUAAUCAUUUGUUUAGGCAAAUAUACCGAACAGACUUUCGUUACAACAAAAUUAAUUCAAGAAUAUGCAACAGGAAAUAGAAACUUGAAGAUUGAUGGAAAUGAAAAGAUUGUAUGUAUUCUUGAAAAUCAUGAAUCUUGUUUGGUUAAAGCUCAAUACAUUGAACAAUUAACAGACUUGAAAGUUUGUAUUGCAGAAUCAAAUACCGAUAAUGAUGAAUUUUUUGAUAAAAUUAUCAAAGCUCACAUUUUGGUUGCGACUAGCAAAUCACUCUGGAAGAUACUCCAAAAAGAAAAGUCAAAAGUACCUCAAAUAAAUUUAAUUAUCGUUGAAAAAUGUCAACUAUUAGUAGAAGAUAAUGAACUUAACAAAGUUUUAAAUUUAUUUAAAUCAACGAAGAAUAAUAAAUCAUGUAGAUUAAUAGGAUUGGCAAUACCUCUUUUUGGGGUGACUGAAAAACCUGGACUAUUAGGCUUAGAGAUUGAAAGACUUGAAAAUACUUUUCAAUGUGAUGUUGAAACAACUAGUGAUAUAUUAUCUAUAUUAAGAUAUAGUUCAAAACCAAAAGAAUAUAUUAUAGAAUAUAAAACAGGAGUGAAAAGUAAAUUACAAGAAAAACUAGAAGAACAUGUAUCCGAUGCAAUGAAUUUUUUAAAUGAUCAUCGAUAUGAUCCAACUGAAAUUUAUCAAGAUGAGUUUUUAGAAGAUAUUCAAAAAAUUCCAGAUCCAACACAAAAGCCACGAGAAAUGUUACAGGACUUUCUAACAAUAUUAGAAACACUAGGACCUUGGUCAGCUGAUCGAGCAGCGUUAUCGCUUUUAAUUUUAACAGAAAAACUUAAAAUUAAAACGCCAUAUGAAAGACAUUAUCUUUUGUUAAAUAUGGUGGCAUCAGUGAUGAUAAAAGUUCGUGCGAUUUGUGAUUAUGAAUUUCAAAACAUUCCUGAAAAACAAAAAAUAUGGGAGUACUCAACUCCUAAAGUACAUCGACUGUUACAAACUUUGAAAACAUAUACUCCAUUUUACGAGAAGGGAAAUAAAAAAACCAAUAACUCUAAAUCUGUGCCAUAUAAUCGUGAUAAAAAUCCAAAUAAUAAAAUUCAAGAUCAAAAUGGAAUAAAAAUCAAUCCAAUGCCAUUAUUCAAAUCAGGAGAUAGACCUAAAAAUCCAAAAUUUAUACGAUCUCAUAGAAAUAUAACUGAUCCUGAUCUUCUUUGUGGCAUAAUUUUUGUAGAUACAGGAUUCACUGCAAAAAUUCUUUACUAUUUAUUGCAUGAAGUCGGAAAGUGUGAUGAAGACUUGAAUUUUUUAUCACCCCUGUAUACAACUGAACGUAUUAAUGAUGAUGCUAGUUAUUCUCGUGAUUAUGAAGCAGAGCAUAGAAAACAAGAAGAGGUUUUAAAGAGAUUUAGAAUUCAUGAGUGCAAUUUAUUAAUUGCUACUGCAAUAUUAGAAGAAGGUAUUGAAAUUCCAAAAUGUAAUUUUGUUAUGCGUUAUGAUUUUCCGAAAACUUAUCGCUCAUAUGUACAAUGUAAAAGUAGAGCACGAGCUUCUGAUGCUUUACAUGUCCUUUUAGUACAAUCAAUUGUAUCCAAAGAAUGCAUCUGGCAAUUAGCCCAGUAUCAUUAUAUAGAAAAGAUUUUAUUGCAAAAAUGUUCAAAUAAUGAACCCACUGAAGAAGAAGAGCUCGAAGCUGAUUUAUAUUCAAGUUUAAUUCCUAGCUAUCAACCAUUACACGGUGAAAAUGGUGCAAUGGUUUCCUUUAAUUCUGCAAUAUCAUUAGUUAACAGGUAUUGUGCCAAAUUGCCUAGUGAUACAUUUACGAGACUGACACCAGAAUGGUUUAUAAACGAAGAAACUGUAAAUGGUCAGAAGAAAUAUACAUGUUCUUUACGUUUACCCAUAAAUUCUCCUUUAAAAUAUGUUAUAAAAUCUCAUCCAAUGCCUAAUAGAGCUAUGGCCAGACGAUUAGCAGCUUUACAGUUAUGCAUUAAACUUCACAAAGAAAAUGAAAUUGAUGAUAAUCUUCUACCUAUUGGGAAAGAAAAUUUCAAAGCGAGGCCCGAAGAUGUUGAAGUACCAGCGUUACCUGAUGAAAGUAAAUCCGAUUAUUCAGAAGCACGUCCAGGUACUACAAAACGUCGUCAAUAUUAUUACAAAAAAACAGCUGAAUCAUUGACUGAUUGUCGACCGAUCGUUGGUGUUCCUGCAUAUUUAUAUCACAUUAAGAUGGUACUUAGUUGUCCGCUUCCUGAAGAACAAAAUACUAGAGGACGGAAAAUUUAUCCUCCUGAAGAAUCAGAUAUUGGUUUUGGUAUACUUACUUUAAAGAAAAUUCCAAAACUAUGCCCAUUUCCCAUUUACACUAGGUCUGGCGAAGUUCAAGUAGAGCUGAAACUCAGUAAAAAUACUGUAACAUUGGAUUCAAUUCAGAUUGAAAGGAUUGCUACUUUUAUAAAUUAUACAUUCACCAAUGUUUUAAGACUACAAAAGUAUUUAAUGAUUUUUGAUCCAAAUGCUUCAGAAAAUUCUUACGCAAUUAUUCCUGUGAAAAAAUGUUGGGUAAAUGGAUGUGAUGAUGUUAAUGUUGAUUGGAACUUUUUAAGUAUUAUUUACGAAAAUCGUUAUACAAUUCCAAGCAAAAUAAAAGAAAAAGAUCGAGUAAAUUUCACAUUCGAUCCUUCAAGAUAUCAUGAUGCAGUAAUUAUGCCUUGGUAUCGAAACCAAGAUCAACCUCAAUAUUUUUAUGUAGCUGAAAUUUGUAAAAAUCUAAGUCCUAAAUCAUCAUUUCCUGGUGAUGGAUACAGUACUUUUGAAGAGUAUUAUUUAAAGAAGUAUGACAUUAAAAUUCAGAAUACAGAACAACCACUCCUAGACGUAGAUCAUACAUCAGCACGAUUGAAUUUUCUUACUCCACGGUAUGUGAAUAGAAAAGGAGUGGCUUUGCCGACAAGCAGUGAAGAAACAAAACGAGCAAAACGAGAGAAUUUGGAACAAAAACAAAUUUUAGUCGGUGAAUUAUGUGCAAUACACCCAUUUCCAGCAUCUUUAUGGAGACAAGCAGUUUGUUUACCUUGCAUUCUAUAUAGAAUUAAUGCCUUACUACUUGCAAAUCAAAUUAGAUACCAAGUAGCAGAGAUGAUGAAUCUUGGACAACAAGAUUUAGAUUCGGAUUUCGAAUGGCCUCCAUUAAACUUCGGAUGGAGUUUAGCAGAAGUUUUAAAAAAAUCUAAAGAAUCUGAUAAGAAUUCUAACAAAGAACAUGGUAAAUUUCUCAACGAUAGUGGAAUAAAUUCAGAGCCUUCCGUUAUAAUGAAUAAUGACGUGAAUAAUAAAAAUGAGAAAGAAAAAGAAACAAAAAAUAGCAAUACAAUGAACAAAAUCAAUAACUGGGGUGAACUUGAUGAUCAAGUUGAUUCUUCAAAAAAAGAUGAUGAAUUAGAAAUUGGUACUUGGAGUAAUGAUAUGGCUUUAAAUUCAAUAAGUAUAGAUACAAAUUUUCAAUCUCUACCAAACAAUGUAACGGUUUUAAAACCAAAUUUUUCUUGGAAUGACAUACGGUGUGGAUCACCAACUUAUGAACCAGAAAUGAUUGGUUAUUAUUCUGAUGAUUCAUAUAGUGAUGAUGGAUUUAUUGAAUCUUCAGAUGAAAGUGAUGAUGAAAAUCGGGGAUUAAAAAUAUCUUAUACUGGUGAAAAUACUGCAGAGGCUGUUGAAGAUGAAUCAAAAAUGUCAAAACAUGAAAUAAAUACUAAAAUAAUGAAUUUAUUUAACCCUGAUAACAAAUUGGAAAGUAUUUUUCUACCUUACGAUGAAAAUCAAGAAAAUAAAUUAGCCUUAGCAGAACAUGAACGCAUACAUUACGAAUUUGCAAAGUUCCGAGAAAAAGAGAUGAUGAUGGAUGGUUCUUUUAUUUCAAGUGAUCAAGAAAUCUCUCUGAACAUGAAAAAAUUAAAUCAGCAAGUAAACAAUAAUAUUACUAAUAAUUUUAGUCGAAAUUCAGAACACGUUGAAUAUAUCAAUAGCGUAGCUGAGCAUAUAAAAAAAGAUAUAGCUUCUGAAAAAUUAUGUGAUUUCAAUUAUAAAAAGAAUUGUAAUGAUAUUCCGGUAUCUCCAGUUUUCAAUACUGGGCUAUCAUUCAGUUUCGAUUAUCAACCAGAAUUAUCGGGACAUCCAGGUCCAAGUCCUAGUUUAAUUUUACAAGCAUUAACAAUGUCAAAUGCAAAUGAUGGAAUAAAUCUAGAACGCUUAGAAACUAUUGGAGAUUCAUUUUUAAAAUAUGCUAUAACUACGUAUUUAUAUUGUACAUAUGACGUAAUUCAUGAAGGAAAGUUAAGCCACUUAAGAUCAAAGCAAGUGAGUAAUUUAAAUUUAUAUAGAUUAGGAAGACAAAAGAUGUUGGGAGAAAGCAUGAUAACAACGAAAUUCGAACCUCAUGAUAAUUGGUUGCCACCUUGUUAUUAUGUUCCAAAAGAACUUGAACAAGUUUUUAUUGAAUCUGGAGUACCAUCAGUUCUAUGGAAUCAAGCUGAUAUUCCAUCACUUCAAGCGAUUAAUAAAAAUGAGAUCACACAAGUAAUUGAAGAAACGGAACACAAGCUUGGAAUGAUGAGAAUUGAACUCGAUCAGAAUGAACAUAAAGAUGAUGAAUUUGAUGGUUUCCAAUGUUCUAUCCCUUAUAAUUUAAUUACUCAACACAGCAUCCCCGAUAAAAGUAUAGCAGAUUGUGUGGAGGCAUUAAUUGGAGCUUAUUUAAUUGCGUGUGGACCAAGAGGAGCUCUUUUAUUCAUGGCUUGGUUGGGAAUACAUGUUUUACCAACGACUGAAGUAACACUCGUACAAGAAGAAGAGCCUUUAGAUAAACUUCCGGGAAGUAGUCCUUUUAUAAAAAGAGUUAAUGAAAAAGGAAAGACGACAUGGACUCAAAUUCGUUAUGGAACUUUGGAAGAACCUAGAAAUCCUUUAUUACGAUACGUAUCAAAUCCGGAAAAAGAGCUGGAAAUGAUGCUCGAUGGAUAUGAUAAAUUAGAAGAAAGUAUUAAUUAUAAAUUUAAAGAUAUUAGUUAUCUUCUUCAAGCAUUCACGCAUGCUUCGUAUCAGCCAAAUAAAUUGACCGACUGCUAUCAACGUUUAGAGUUUUUAGGAGAUGCAGUUUUAGAUUAUUUAAUUACUAGACAUUUGUAUGAAGAUUUAAGGCAACAUUCACCCGGUGCUCUUACUGACUUGAGAUCAGCACUAGUGAAUAAUACAAUAUUUGCAUCUUUAGCAGUAAGAUGUGGAUUUCAUAAAUACUUUAGACAUCUUUCUCCAGGAUUGAAUGUUGUCAUUGAUCGUUUUGUCAGGAUUCAAGAAGAAAAUGGUCAUUCAAUUAGUGAAGAGUAUUAUUUAAUUGGAGAGGAGGACAGUGAAGAAGCUGAAGAUGUUGAAGUACCAAAAGCACUUGGAGAUGUUUUUGAGUCAUUAGCAGGAGCUAUUUAUCUUGAUAGUGGAAUGUCUCUGGAUGCUGUUUGGAGUGUUUAUUACAAUAUAAUGAAGUCAGAGAUAGAGCAAUUUAGCACAAAUGUUCCUAAGUCACCAAUAAGAGAGCUAUUAGAAUUGGAACCAGAAACUGCGAAGUUUGGUAAACCCGAAAAAUUAGCAGAUGGUCGACGAGUUCGCGUGACAGUUGAUGUUUUUGGCAAAGGUUCAUUCAAGGGCAUUGGAAGAAAUUAUAGAAUUGCAAAAUGUACGGCGGCCAAAUGUGCAUUAAAAAAAUUAAAAAAAAUGCAAUCCUCUCACAGACAAAAAAUUUGAUAUUUUGAAAUAAAAAAAUGUUCCAUAUCAGAAAA